GUGCGAUUUAUUUUAAUGAUGUAACUUUAAUUUAUUUAAACUUUCUGAUUGAAAUCCAUUUUUUUGGACCUAGACAUACUAGUGUUAGUGCAAAAAAGCAUGGAUUUAACAAACAAUGUAAUACCCAAAGAAGAAUUGGAUCAGACAACUUAUUUCUGUAAAUUUGAGGGUUGCUCCAAGUCAUUUAAGCGCAAGGAUAGACUUGAAAUACAUGUCAGAUCGCACACUGGAGAGGUAACCAAACAAAAACGAGACCGGUAUUUAUUUAGUAAAUUUCAGGAGUCAGGAGGAAUGCUAUUAUCACUAUUUUAUCGAAUUUCACGAAUGUAUCCCUAAAUCGAUCCCUAUGCCUAACCUGAACCCUAAAUCAAUCCCUAUGCCGCAUGCCUAACCUGAACCCUAAAUCGAUCCCUAUGCCCAACCUGAACCCUAAAUCGAUCCCUCAACCUAACCUAAACCCUAAUUCACUGCAACUAUAAUAAACACCCAAAAGACACAGUGGCAUUCGUCCUCAGAUUUAGCCGUAAAUUUUAGUAUUUAUUUUGCUUUGAAACGUCUGUUAUCAGUUGUGAAAAAAAUCAUCAGAUGAGUUGGUUACGUCAUAUAAAGCCACUGAGAGCUCAGGAAAAAAGAGUAGUAAGUUAACACUAUCCCCGCCACUUUAUUUCCUACGACCGCAAUUGUAAUUGCAAAUGGCGGGUCAUGGCUAUCACGAUGGCGGCCAAGGUAGUGCAAAAUAUGGUGAGGGAAAAGAAAAGAAUAUGUUUUUUAGCCAAUUACAGAGUGAAAUGACUUAAAAUAGAAACAAAAAGGUUAAUAUUUAGAUGUAAUGAAACAGUUUCAGCAGGUACUUUAAUUUCGUGGCGCAUUAGGCAUCUUUAUUGUAUCCUUAUAGAUAUGCGGCAAGGAGUCACUCAAGGAGUGUCAAUGAAUUGCUGUAACCUCUUUUCCUAGCGUAAUUUCGGCCGGUACAUUAAUUUCGUGGUUAACUUAGCAACUUUGUGUCCCACUAGAUAUGCGGCAAGAAGUGUCAACGACUUGCACGCUCCCUUUCCUGGUAUAAAUUUGGCUGUUACAUGCUCCCUUCCCUCAACCAAAACCUGUGCUACAGUUACAUACUGUUGUGGUAAGAAAAGUGUAAAAAUUAUAAUAAUUAUAAAAAAACAAUACAAAAUAAUUUAAAAAUAAUGAAAACCCAACUGACAGUUUCAUACUAUGAUAAUAAUAUAAUAGAAUACACUUAAAAAACUUAAUUCCAAAAUACCGGAAAAUUUAGAUAAAAAUAACCACCCAAUAAAAUUAUAAUUUAAAAUAAUCUAUUGUUAUAUUAAAGAAAAGUUUAUACUAGUAAUAAUCCAAAAAUAAACAGAAGGGAGAGAAUCUUUAAAUUACACACAAACUCUUAUUGGUACGGAUUGCUUAAAUUGAACUAAGGGGUAAGAUGUGGUGUCCACCGAGUCAUGUAAAAACUGAAGAGGUCUCAAAAAAGAAAAAAAACCAAUUCAUAAGGAAGUUGGAAAGGGGGGGGGGGGGGAUUAUGAUUGUAUGUUAAGGCUAACAGUCUUGGACGUGCCUUAUUUGGUUGGUAUAUAUUUGAUGAAAUCCCAUAAAAUGUGCAAUAUUUUAAAUUGGUUAAAAUACAACGUCAAACUGAAACAACAGCAGUUUAUCAUAUCCGACGCUCAAAUGGUAGAUUACCUACAUCUAAUACCUAGAACGCGUUUUCAGUAGGCCAUUAGCCAGUUAAUCAGUCACAGAAAGAUGAUUAAAUAUUAAUAUGCAACAAGACCAGUUAGGCUGAUUACCGAUUAUCUGCUGAUUAAUCUUUAGUUAUUUCAUUCUGUGCUCUGCAAUUAUUGACAUUUAUCUAUAUAUUUUUUAGAUUAAAACUUUAAUUAAUUUUAGGUAGCCUAAGUCAGCGAGCAGUUUUUUGUGUGGUUAAAUAUUUCUCUUUGAAUCCUAGCGCCCGUUUGUAUGUGAUUUUGGUGACUGUAAGAAUGCGUAUUCAAGGUUUCAGCAUCUUUCUAGGCAUACGGACAGGGUACAUAAAAAGGGAUGCAAAGAUCGCCUUAAAGUAAGGUAAUGUUAUUCAUGAACAAAUAUCACUAGCAACAAAAAAUGGUUUAUGCAUGUGAAAUAUUAUCUACAAGUUACUUUGAAAUAUGCAGGCACAGUCAUAUUUUGAAAGAUAAAAUGAAAAACUUAUUUGCACUUGGUCUUUGUGUACCUCUAUUUCCAUUAGCUGGCAUCCGUCUGUCACAAUGUGACGAUGGAGUGGGCUUCGUAGGACGAAAUCCACAUAGCCUGGGAUUAUUAUACUUGAAGGAUUAUAAGCUGGUUCCCAACAGCAAAUCGCCUCUCUCCACGCCGCUGGGUAACCCAAGGGAACAUCAUUGGAUGAUACAGCUUGGCACCAGUGACGUCGCAGGAGUUGUCGGAAUGUUUCAUUGUAUCAAUGUUAUCCGCCUUUCGGGACUCCAUCUCCGGGUUUGAUUUCAGAGUUUCCUUCUCUUAGAUGAGUUGCCGUCCAAGGUUAACGAGUCCCAUCUACCCGGGGUGCUGGUGGUGUUUUUGCUCUAGCUGGAAUUGAACUCCAGACCACCAACUUGAGAUUUGCUCAGUUUAGACCACUCGGCCACCCAGCACCCAUUUCCAUUAACUGUGACUGUUAAGAAAAUGUAAAAAUUUGUAAUGGCUAUAACUUAACUUAAUUCAAUAUGUAGAUUUUAUUUUUUAAAAAUUUUUUGUGAUAAAGACUUAAAAACAUAACUCAUUUUUUAUUUUUAUUUUUAGGUGUCCUGUAUGUCAACUAGAACUUGCAAAUAGUUCAUGUCUUAAAAAACACGAGGCAAGCUUUCAUGGCAAGCAACCCAGCAUUAUCAUGGACACAUACAAAGUAAAGAAUUUGUUUUCAAUUUAAAAUCAAGAUUGUUGCUAUUUAAAUUUAAGGUUUCAGUCAGUUAUGUUCUGGAGUUCUGGAGUUCCGAGUUAAAUUCAGGUGUGGAGAAAGAGAAAAAUACACAGUAUUGUUUAUGUUUGAUCACCACGUGGUAUACAUUUUUUAUUGGGUUUGUUAUACUACAAGACACUUUAUAUGGAGAUGAUCUUCCCUGAAUGAUAUAUAAUUAUAUCAAAUUUUAUAAGGAGCCCCAAGUUAUAAAAUGUAGAAAAUGGAUCUUGUAUCCAUUGAAAUACCUUUUAAAUAAUGCAUCUCGUAUCCAUUGAAAUACCUUUAAAAUAAUGACAGCAAGGCUCAGGUUGGAAUACCUGAAUUCCCUUGUGAUUAUUUGCUACUGAGUUUAUUGAUUGAUAUCACCUUUGAGCUGUUAGGACUGGCUUUGAGGUACUCUCUAUAUCACCUUUGAGCUGUUAGGACUGGCUUUGAGGUACUCUCUAUAUCACCUUUGAGCUGUUAGGACUGGCUUUGAGGUACUCUCUAUAUCACCUUUGAGCUGUUAGGACUGGCUUUGAGGUACUCUCUAUAUCACCUUUGAGCUGUUAGGACUGGCUUUGAGGUACUCUCUAUAUCACCUUUGAGCUGUUAGGACUGGCUUUGAGGUACUCUCUAUUAUCACCUUUGAGCUGUUAGGACUGGCUUUGAGGUACUCUUUUGCUAAUAGAUGGCCAUGAUUUCUUUGAGCUGUUAGGACUGGCUUAGAGGUACUCUCUUGCUAACAGAUGGCCAUGAUUUGCUCUUAGUUGUUCGCAUGAAUAUUUAAAUCACUAGUUACAUUUUUUAUAAAAAUAUAUGUUUAAAAUUUUGCACGAAUUGUCCUACAGUGUCCUCAUGAGGGAUGCUGUUAUGCUUUCCACAAGAAAAAGCAACUGAUGGCCCAUAGACUUGAACACACUCCACAUGUUGCCCUUGCAAAAAAAUGUCAUAGGUUAGUAUGUCAUUUCCAAAAUUGUCCUGUUGAAAGAUGAACAUAUUUCCAGUGACAAAGACAGCCAAUUGCAGUAGUAUAGGAAGCAGUGACUGAGACAGCCAAUUGCAGUAGUAUAGGAAGGCCCUUCUCUUAUUGCUUGGAGAAUCCUCAGCAAACAAUUAUCUAGUGAAUUUACUGUAUAUUAUAUACUAAUUCUAAAAUUGUGUAAGUAAAAGACAAAAAUUUGAGCAAACAUACAGUAUGAUUUAUAAGACAAGUACUCGCUUUUCGUGUCUAACCAUACUGAACAUUUCCACUGCUGCUUGGAGAGAAAAAUGCGGUUGCUUUGUCUUUCCAUGUGUGCAAUUCUUUUUCUGCCCUCUCUAACACUACUUCUCAGCUAAGUGCUAUAUUUUUUUAUAUAUAUAUAUCUAAUUUUAUUCUGUUUUGUCUGUUAUUUGUUCGCUGAUGAAGGCUUCUUGCUGACAAAUUCGUUGUUUUAGUUGUGUUCCUUUUUUCAGGUUUAACCUUACUUUGUUUCACUCACUUCCUAUUUUGCUAACCUGAUUGCAGUCUCUCCCCUUAUUACCCUAUCAAUUACAGCUGUCUUAUUUUGAUACUGACUGAAUAACAUGAUGAUAUCCAUUACAAACAAAUGUCUUUCAGCUGCCCAUAUGAAGGAUGUAAUAAAACAUUUACAUUCCCCAAUAAAUUGCGACAACAUUUGAAAGUACAUCAAGGUAGGGACUUGUCAUUGACUUUAUUAUUUUUAAUUUGGUUGUAAGAAUGUUUCUAGAUCAGUGGUUCCCAAACCUUUUGACUUUGGAGCCCACUGUCAGACAUUUCAGUCUUUAGGCCCACCCUCUGUCUUACAAAUAAUGUUUACGAGUAGUAGUGUUUUAUAUUUUCUGCAGUGGCAGCACAGUUUGGGAAUCACUGGUCUAGAUGACAUUUAUUUUGUUGUAAAGGUAUGAUUAAAAUAAAUGUAAUUUAUUUUUUUAUUAUCUCUUAUAUAUAUUUUGCUUCUGGUGCGUCCUGCUUACUGCCGCACUCCACAUGUUUUAUCUAAAUAGUAAAGAGUGACAAACAAGGCUGUCACACAGGGAGCUACAAUCUCUGGUAAAUUGGUUGAUUUUCUUUGUCUUUAGUGGGAGGUCACUAUUUCAAAUAUUAUACCAGGGAAACAAUUAAUUAGAAUUACCCCCUCAAAAAGACUGACCCAAGGGCAAUAAUCUCACAUGGUGCCCACAGUCCAUGCAAAAACUAGGAAGGUUUUUAAAAAAAAGGGGGGGGGGGUUGUUUGGGGUUGCGACGAUACAACCAAUUAACAGUUUUCAGAAUCCAGUUUUAAACCGGUUAUUGGUUAUUAAGAUUCAUUCCAACCUGCUCCGCACAGGAAGGUCAGGUUUACAUUAUAUUUGUUAAGUUCGAAAGCGCCAGUUGAAUGUUGUGAUAUUUUACAAGAUCUUAAUUGGCAGUUGAACUAGCUGUCAGUUAAAAGAGUUUCAGUUUGUCAAACUGACAAAACAACUGUUCUAUUUGUAUACACACAGUUUAGUAAUAGAGGUCUGCGAACACCUUCCCAAAUGGGGUAAAAAUUAAAGUCAUGUGGCUAAUGAGCUCUUAUUAGACAUUUAUAAAACAGCGGCAUCUCUAGAGUUGAUUAACAAAGUGUCAUUAAACUCAUAGUGUCUAUUAAUACAGCAAUUUAAAAAAAAAAAAUUGAUUUUAGUUUGUAGGCUGGUGUAUGACACCAUUGUGGAUUGGAGUUCAAUCCUCAGCUAAAAUAACACACGCACUCUGGGUGCAUGGGACUUUUUAACCUUGGAUGGCAACCCAUCUAAAAGAAUUCAAACCCAGAGGGGUUCCAUAGGAGGUAUGAAAUUGACACAAUGAAAAUUCCGGCAACUUCUAUGAUGUGGACUGUAUAAAGAGCACAGUGGGACACAAUACUGCUGGUCAUCUACUGCAUUGCAACCUAUAUCCCAGUCCUCUUGACGAAGCCUUGCCAUCGGAUGGAAAUAGUUAAGAAUGAGAGAAUGAGGGUGACAUUUGUGCAACUUGCUCUCACUUUAAAACAAAAUACAGCACAGGUCAAGGCUAUCACUCAAGUAGAAUAUAGCCUUAGUCAUUUUCAAAUAGGAAGCCCAACAAUAAUAUUAAUAAUAAUAAUUAUCCCACCACAAAGGUAGUAAUCUUUAGGCUUCAAUUAAAAAAAAAGUCUUUUCUAAUAGACCUAGUAUACAGUAGUGUAGCUAAGGUUGUUGUUGGGGGAGUUGGGGCAAGCAUUUUGCCACCCCUCUUCACGGAAAACUCUGCAAAAUUGCAGAAAAUUCCGGUCAUAAAUAUAAAGAAAAAAGUGCAUCCCUGGGCAGACCACCCCUUGUGCACCCCCCUUCCUACCCCACUGCCGCUAGAACUAUUUUAGUUAUAAGAUAAGCUGCUGUGAAAAAAUUUCAGCACCAACCCAUUUGAUAAUAAUGGUUAUGCACACAAAAAAUUUCAAUCUACGCCCAUCGGACUUGAAGCUUUUAUUAGAACUACGCAUCUUGGUGUUAUAAUUUAAAACCUAAAUUUGUUUAAAUAUUUAUUGUGAGAGGCCAAUCUUUAUUGUCAAGUCCAGGUGAGGCCUAAUUGUUUAAAUGACUGCACAGCUAUUUAUAUGACUUUAUAGCAAGUUUAGCUCUUUAAAUGAACUAAUAUUGACAAAUCUUCCAGGUUAUCCCUGCGACUCCGAGGGCUGCGGCCAAGUUUUCCCUAAUUGGUCAACAUUGAGGAAACACAAGGCUAAAGAUCAUGCCCCAAGUAAGACACUCCCAUGACAGUUUGAUGGUUUUUCCAUAUAGUUUACAUCAUAUUUUCUUAAUGUAGGCGCCAUGCAAGGUAUUUCCUUGUAAUUAUUAUUUUUAUAUUCAAUUGUUGCUAAUUGUUUUAAAAAAUUAUUACAAUUCCUAAUGUUAAUUAUUCUGUAGACCAAAAAAAAAGGGGUUAGCUUACUAUACACAUAAAACAAUAAAAUAAUUUUACAUUUCAGUCGUAAAACUUUUUUAACAAACAUUUAUUAUGCUUAAAGUUAAAUGUAAUAUUUAAAUUAGAUGUGUUUCAGAUUACUAUGAAUGUCACCAUGACCACUGGAUGUUAUGGUAACAAUUUCGAUCUCAGCUUCAGUAAGUUUUUUAACCUUCUCAAUAUAUUUGUUUUGUUUUCACUCUCUAGCUCAUAGCUGUAAGAUAUGCAAUGCUGUCUUCAAACAAAAGUCAAACCUAACACAGCAUAUUAAAAUACACGCCACAUCUCGAGAACCUCUCACGUGCCCUAAGGAAAAAUGUGGCAGGAUAUUUUUCUACAAGAAAAAUGUUGACCAACAUGUCAAAGAAUUUCAUGAAGGAGGAGGAGUUAAAAGAAAAAAGAGGAAAAGAAAUACACCGGAUGUUCACAUGGUAAUAAUACAUUUUAAAGUAAUUUUCUUAGUGUUUUAGGUUUCAAUACUUCAUUGGAAACCCAGAGGUCAACAGUUUCUUUUAUAACUGCUAAGUAUGUAGUCUCUCACUUUUUCAUUGAAUUGCCAUGGGCCAAAACAUUCUAGUCCAAAAUUGUGCACUCUUAUAUACUGAACUGUACAUCAUAUUUUUAACUUGCGACGUAAGACGUUCUAAUAGGAAUUUCUAAACUUGAAAAUCUCUUUAUUUUAAAACUUUAAUAUUCCAUUUUAAAAAUGUAUCCUCAAUAAAAAUAAUUGCAGCCUAAGGUGGUCUAGGACACACUAUUCAGUGGUAUUGGAAACACUGUUCAGUAGUCUUGGACACACUAUUCAGUGGUCUUGCACACACUAUUCAAUGGUCUUCGACACACUAUUCAGUCUAGAACACACUAUUCAGUGGUCUUGGACACACUAUUCAGUAUAGAACACACUAUUCAGUCUUAGAACACACUAUUCAGUGGUCUUGGACACACUAUUCAAUGGUCUUGGACACACUUUUCUGUGGUAUUGGACACACUAUUCAGUGGUCUUGGACACACUAUUCAAUGGUCUUUGACACACAAUUCAGUGGUCUUGGACACACUAUUCAAUGGUCUUUGACACACUAUUCAAUGGUCUUUGACACACUAUUCAGUGGUCUUGGACACACUAUUUGAUGGUCUUGGACACACUAUUCAAUGGUCUUUGACACACUAUUCAGUGGUCUUGGACACACUAUUUGAUGGUCUUGGACACACUAUUCAGUCUAGAACACACUAUUCAGUGGUCUUGGACACACUAAGCAUAUCACACCUGAAGCUAUAACAAACAAGAUCACACUAUUCAAUUAAUGAUAUUGAUUUAUGGAACAAUAAAAAUAUUUCAGAAAAAAAAAGUUUCCAAGAAUAGGUUGAUGGCAGCUCGUUUAUGUGGCAUAGAUGAUCGGGAAGAUGUAAGUUUAUAAAAAAUAUAAUUAUUUAGUUAAUUAGUUAAAUUUAGAGUCCUCCAUUGUUUACAAAAAGAUUCAAAGAAUUGGUGGUUAGCAUUAUAUUACCCAGUUUCCCACUUUAUUGUAGCCACAAGUAUGAAUUCAUCUGAAGUCUCUAACAUUUCAUCUCUAGCAUAAAAAGAAUUGUUUCAACCAACUAAAGCUUAAACAAAAAUUAAGUGGUUAAUCUGGGUGAUUCUGACAGCAGUGAAACUAAAUAAAUAUUAUACAUAAAUUCUGUAUUAACAUAUAUUAUUUCAAGUACAAUGGAUUCUUUUUGCAACACAGAAUCAGAUAGUAUUAAUAACACAUUAUUAUUAGAGCAAAGCUGCAGUGUCUUUAUUGUUAUUUUGUCUGUGCAGUUAUUUUAUCCUUUUAAAAUUCACAGCUGAACUUUGAUAUCAAGUUGAACACGUCUGAACCAACACAAAAUUUUCAGGAAAAUUUUGAUUCAAGUACUGACCAACCACAACAUGUUGAGGAAGAUUCUGCUUUAACUACUGACCCAACACAACAUGUUCAGGAAGAGUCUGCUUUAAGUACUGUUGCUACCAAAAUUGACGUUCUGCCCUUGUCAUUGUCACAAGCAACUGAUAUUUCAAUGUCUGAAUCAAAUAUGACGAUCAGUUCAGGAUUGUGUAACCAUUGUGGUCAAGAAACUGAAGAGUGCAGACGCUCAUGUCAUUUAACACAGUGUGUUAAAGCAGACCCAAGAGUCCCAACACAGUGUGUUAAAGCAGACCCAAGAGUCCCAACAGUGUGUUAAAGCAGACCCAAGAGUCCCAACACAGUGUGUUAAAGCAGACCCAAGAGUCCCAACACAGUGUGUUAAAGCAGACCCAAGAGUCCCAACACAGUGUGUUAAAGCAGACCCAAGAGUCCCCAUCACCUCAGAACAGUAAGACUUUAGUUGGCGGUGACAAAGCCAUCGUUUCCACAUUAGCAUCAAUGGUUUAAUGAAGUGUGGUACCUUCUAUAGGAAUCAUUUUCAUCAUUUGUUGACCAGAUCAUAUAGUUAUUUUGAUGACUUUAAGUAUUAACUGUUGCAAUAAUAAUACUAUGCAUUUAUAAUAAGUCAACCAAAGACACUAAGAUGAGUUAUCAAUUGAAUAUGGCAUUUUUGAACCUUUUCUGUUUUCACUUUUUUCUUUUAAAUUUCUAAAUAAUUUAUGAGAGAAUAAAUUGAAUAAUGAGUUUGGACAAGAAAUAAACAUGAGAUUUUAGAAACAAGAAUUUUAUUGAAAAUAAUCAGUUACUACACAACAACUUUACAU